GCUCAUUUGAAUGAAUUUUCGAGCAAGGGGGUUGUCCUAGCUUUGUUUACGUUAUUAUGUAGUGUUAUGUUCUUGAUCUAGGUAGGCUCGCAUUGCUUGACCAUGUCAUCAAAAUCAAACCAUCAUACUCAUCAUGAUGAUGGGAGUGAGGAGUGCAGUUGUCAUGACAGCCAUGGUGUCUCCCAGUCACUUGGCGAGAUGGACUUUGAGCGUGGAAUAUGGUCUGCUGCACUCUACAAUGACUAUGAAAGAAUCAAGAAACUUUUGAAGAAUACACCGGUUGAUAAACUUGAUGCUACCGGCUACACAGCAUUGCACUACUCCAGCCGUUCUGGACAUCUAGCAAUAUGUUGCCUUUUACUUGACAAUGGAGCACAGCCAAAUGCAAGAACAAGAGCAGGUGGAGUAACUCCACUUCAUAGAUCGGCAUGCUGUGGUCACCUAGAUGUUGUCAAGGAAUUACUAAAGCGCAAUGCAAAUCCAUUGAUUCUUGAUGAGGAUGGAAAAUCUCCUCUUCACAAGGCAGCAGAGGGAGGAUUCACAGAUGUUUGCAAAUCUCUACUAGAAGCUCAACCGUCUCUUUUGGAAAUUGAAGACAAACGCAGGAAGCUUGCUUGGCAAUAUGCAAGUGAUGUUAUCUUAAGAGAUCUUUUACAUGUGCAAUAAAAUGCGACCCCUUAUGCUUGAU